UUACAACCUACUCGCCUUAGGAAGCUGAUAUCAUCAAGUAGCUGGAUAUUGUACUGGUAAUUUUGGUUAGUACGAUUUUGUAUAUUUUGCUCAUUGCAAAGAGAGGAAGUGUGGCACUCAAACAAAGAAAAUAUUGUACAGUAACUUCUAGACAACCAGCAUUUGUACAAGGUUGUUUCAAGGUCAUGAAUAGUGAAAAGAGUAUUUUACUCCAAACUGAACAAGUGGGAGAAAUGGCUUGGUCCAUGUUAAAGAAUGCAGAUGCUUUUAAGAAUUCACAUGAGCCCAUGUUGGGGACUUGUGCACCCAAAGAGAAACGUCGUAAAACCCAGACUCUGUCAGAAAUGACCAACCAACAGUUGGAGGAAUACAAGCAUUCACCAGAGACGGAGCUUGCGGAUCAAGUGUGUGAUGCCUGUUCAACGAAGGACUUCUCGUACCUCGGAGAGUAUUUAGAGACUCUGUUUGCUGUGGACCCUGCAGCAGUGAAUCAGGUGGACAGUGCGGGUAUGACAGCUCUCCAUUUUGCUGUGUCCUGUAGAAAUCUGCAUGCAGUAAGCAUGCUGAUAAGAUAUGGUGCUGAUAUAAAUAUCCCUGACGUACUUGGGUUUACUCCCUUGUUCCUAGCUACAGGUCGAUAUCCCUCCAAAGAUGUGACAAAGUUUCUUCUGGCUCAUAGCAAAGAUUCAGACGUCAACCGUCAGACAAACACAGGAGCCACUCCACUUCAUGGGGCCGCUUUGCAGGGAAACAGGGAAUGUAUCAAGUUGCUAUUGGAACGAGGGGCGGAUCCAAAGCAAGAAGACGAGGACAGCACCACACCACUUGAACUUGCUCGGAACAAUGAGACUAAAUCCAUGCUUCACAUGAGCUUGAUUCAAUCAGAUGUCAAACGAGAUAUCAUUGAUGCCACGUGUGUGCAGUGUAAACAGAUCCCGACAGAAGGUCUGAAGCGUUGUGGGGCUUGUCAUGUGACUAUGUACUGUGGGAAAUCGUGUCAAAUUCGUCAUUGGCGAGAGGGAGGCCACAAGAAAAAUUGUCCAGGUUCAGUGAUUGCUAGACCGUUCCGUGUAGGGGAGGAUCCUAACCAGAAUUGCGUACAGGUGUCGUUUUACAGGGUCUUGGGGUCAAACAAGCCCAAUGUCAAGGUCUUCAAAAGGACAGCAAAGGAUUCGAUCCGAAGAAUGAAUUUUAUGGCGAAGAAAAGAUUUGUAGUCAAAGUGCAGCUACCUCUUAAUGUAAUAGGUAAGACUGAGAUGAUGGCGUAUAAUGCAGACAGAUCUGUGGAAGGUUAUGUUCAUCCCGAUGAACCAGGGUAUGACAAUCUGCAGAGAAAAAUUUAUAUAAAUGGAUAUCGUGGCAUCAAAGCAUUCUUCUGGGCGGAGCUGACGAACAAAAAUGAUGGCACCUUCCGCAUCUUUGGUGGAAAAUGUGCUCCAUACCAGACUUGGUAAAACUGUUUUCAUCCAGUAGAAAUAAUUCAACCUUGUUGAGCGGGGCAACGAAAAUGAUGUUUAAAUUACAAGAAAUACAUGCACAUUGCUUGUGUUUUUAUUUGUAUUUGAAUUGGAUUUAUGCUAGCCUACUGGAGAUUUUUUGUUGUUUUUUUUGUAGAACAUGAAUUCAAUAAAGUAGAGAAUUUUCUCAGUAUGGUUGUGUGUACAAUUGGAUAUUUGUAAAAGUAUAUUUGUGUGUUAAGAUAUCAGACAAAUUAUGAAUCAUGAGUUCUUUCAACCUUUAUGAAGAGUCUAAGCUAGACUUCUUUUAUAUCUUUUUGAAUUUUGUAGUUGAUUUUUUUUUUAUAUACUUUUCAAAGGCGCUGUUGAUUCUGAUGCCAUCACUGUGUGUGAAUGUAUUGAGCUACUUUGUGAAAUUUGGGAAUAUUAUAUCUGUAGUAAUUGUCCUUAGAUAUUCUAAAGAAUGUUUCAAUGUGCUAAGUGCAUCAGUGGUAGUUGGUUUUGAUUACAAGUGUCGAGUAACGAUAUAUAGAGUAGUACAUGUCCAUAUGUAUCGUAGCACUUAAAAAGCUAAAAUAAAUUCCCUUAUUUCAUUAAGAUACAUGUGCAAAGAAAUUGUAUUUGAAUUUUUUUUACAUACAAUAUUUAGAACAAUUUAGUGUUUAGAAGUGCCAUUUCAUAUUUCACAGAAAUCAUAGUUUGAUUUAUGCGAAUUUAUUUUGUGUAGUAAUUAUUUUGUUUGCGAGUUUAGUGUGCAAACUUUUUAUAGUAAUAAACUUUUUUUUUCCGAU